AUGUUCUUCAGACCCUCUCCCGCAUCCAUUUCGCGGUCAUUUUCUGUUGUACGAAGUAUUGGAAAAGCUGUCGAAACUGCGAGUUCUGAGAACGUCAAAAUCAUCCCAAAAAAAUACAAGCCAUUUUCGCGUGCGCAACUCGCUUACCUUGAUCGUGCUAUCAGAGUUGACCAGGCCGGUGAGCUUGGUGCCAACUACAUAUAUGCCGGCCAAUACUUCGUUUUGGCUAACAAAUAUCCACAUUUAAAGCCUGUUCUGCAGCACAUGUGGGAUCAGGAAAUUCACCACCACAACACCUUUAACGAGCUGCAACUGAAACGCCGGGUACGGCCCAGUCUUUUCACUCCACUAUGGAAACUUGGUGCCUUUGCCAUGGGUAGUGGUACAGCCUUUAUAUCCCCAGAGGCUGCAAUGGCUUGUACCGAAGCUGUGGAAACCGUUAUAGGCGCACACUACAAUGACCAGCUGAGAUGUCUCAACAAUCAGUAUGAAAUGGAAUCCACAGAAGGCUCAAAGGGCCAAAGUCAAGAAAUUCAAAGCUUAACAUCGACGAUCAAGCAGUUCAGAGACGAAGAGCUUGAGCAUCUGGACACUGCUGUCGAGCACGACUCACACAAGGCAGUGCCAUACAAAGUACUUACCGAAAGCAUCAAGCUGGUUUGCAGAACGGCCGUUUGGACAGCAGAGCGCAUUUGA